GCCCUUAGUCGGCAUCAAAGACGAUGGAAACCCUAUGUAUGCCACUUCACUUCAAUUAGGGUUGUUGUUGGCCCGUGUCUCUGUGUGAGAGAGAGUCGGUGAGAGAUGAAGACCAUACUGUCGUCCGAGAGGAUGGACAUCCCAGAUGAGGUGAAGAUCAAAGUGAAGGCGAAGGUGAUCGAAGUGGAAGGGCCAAGAGGUAAGCUCACUCGAAACUUCAAGCACCUGAACCUCGACUUCCAUCUAAUAACGGACGAGGCCACCGGCAAAAAGCAGCUCAAGGUCGAGGCCUGGUUCGGCUCUCGCAAGGCCACCGCCGCUAUUCGCACGGCUCUCAGCCAUGUCCAGAACCUCAUCACGGGCGUUACCAAGGGCUACCGCUACAAGAUGCGAUUCGUCUACGCUCACUUCCCGAUUAAUGCCAGCAUCCCCAAUUCCAGCAAGGCUAUUGAGAUCCGUAACUUCCUUGGUGAGAAGAAGGUGCGGAAGGUGGAUAUGCUUGAAGGGGUCACCGUUGUGAGAUCUGAGAAAGUUAAGGAUGAAUUGAUCUUGGACGGGAAUGAUAUUGAACUCGUAUCUCGGUCUGCUGCCCUGAUAAACCAAAAAUGCCAUGUUAAGAACAAAGAUAUCCGGAAGUUCCUUGAUGGCAUCUAUGUGAGCGAGAAGGGAACGAUAGUCCAAGAAGAAUGAAUUGUUAGGUAGUGGCUAGACAUGGUAUUUUUCUUUUCUGGUCAUAUCAAGUAGGAGCCAGUGUCACAUCAUCCUUUUGUUUCCUCAUAUAGAAUAAUUGUCUGAAGAAUUUUAGAAUUUUGUUUCUAUUUUUUUGUACCCCCAGAAUAUUUUAUAUGUGAAUUGGUAUGGAAAUGAAAUUAUGUUGGAGUA